AUGACAGAUAAUAAUGGAUGUACGGUCAGUGCCUACAGCCCGUAUCAAUAUGUAGCUGUCAAUAUCGGUAACAACUAUUCUAAUACAGUCUAUGCAGACAACUGUAAACAUGUCAUUAGGAUUAGCAAAAAGAAUGAUAAACCUGCUGCAGGCUAUAAGGAGUAUGUUCAUACACUUCCAAAAGGUAAUUGGAAUUCAGGAUCUUAUUACCUAGGUGGCAUUCAUCACAAUGGAGCUCAACAAACUGGAUUUAUAGAUAUCAGAUGGUGCCAUACGGAUGUUGCGGUCUACUAUUGGAAACAUGAUGAUGGUAAUUUCUGUCCCUUACUCAUUAGAGUAAUAAAAACAUGGUGGUCUUGGAAUAGCGAUUAUUACUAUGAGUAUUACAUUCCUACGGGUAUAAAUACAAAUAAUUGGACCAAACUUAGUAAAGAAAACAAUGUUCAUAGUGGACUUUCAACAAUCAGUACGACCUUUAAAAAUGUAGUUGCUCUAAAGUUGGAUGCUUCUGGAAACACUUACUAUGCCAAUGGAGAUCCAAGCCAACCUCCAUCCUAUAAUUCAGAUGUUAAGAUAAAAGUUACUGGACCAACAAAUGUACAUACAAAUUACAACAAAUACACUCACACCCUUGUAAGAGGUGGACCUAUGAGGAUUGUAUGCACAAAACAUAAAGGAAAACAUAGACCAUUCAAAGAAUCUGUGCUUGGUACUACGUAUGAUAGUGCCUCGGUAUAUUACUCCAAUAAGGAUGAUGGACAUGCUAAACCCCUCAUUCUGGAGCUUGGCAUUGGUGAUAAUACAUUUUACAAACUCUACGGUGAGAAGUGGAUUCAUAAUCCUAGUAUAACAACUGGUAACUUGAGGCAAAAUCUAGAAAACCUGAGUGGAGCACAUAUAAUAGAUGUUUCAGAGACUAAAAACACAUACCCAUGUACUUCUCCUGGUUGCAAUACUUAUAUUAAGGUAGAUAGUCAUCCAGAGAAUGGUCACAAUUACACUAGAUACAGACAUCACAUUAAUGGAAGUGAAAAAUUUUCUGUUUCCUCCUUUAUUGGAUCUGGUAGCAAACUUCAAACGGGUCUUUCUUCUCCAACUGGUAUAAAUGAGGUUUACGUAUACUGGUAUCCAACAAAUUCGGACCCCAAACCACUACUCAUUAACUUCUUAGAUAAAUGGUACAAGAAAACAAAAGUAGCUAAUGAAUGGAGAGAAGUGGCAGAUGAGGCUACUAAGCCUACUAGUGCUGAUGAAAAGGAUAAGAUUUCUGGACUUCUCCAGAAAAUUAAGAAAGAAACUGAGGAAAAAGGGGAAACUAGCGAACUAGAUCAAGGAUCUCAAGACCAAGCCGAGGAGGUUUCUGGUCCAUCAACCCUUCCUAUUAUAUUAUGGAGUACCUUAGGAAGUGGACUUAGCGGAACUGCCAUAGGUCUUGCCGUAUGGAAAUGGCCUAAUAUACUCUCAUUUCUAAUCACUCGUAUGUAG